AUGGACCAAACUCAAAAUGAGUCUGGUUGGAUGCAUUCUAUCAAAGUGACACUAGGAUCUCUAGAUCACAGAGAGGUUAAGUCCUUCAUAAGCAGCAUCCCUUGUGUUUCAAGCAAGCUUAGAAAAUCAAAUGAGGAAGCUUAUUCACCAAAGUUUGUCAGCAUUGGACCCUUAUACAGAGGAACAAGUAGCCACCUUCUGGCCAUGGAAGAGCACAAAUGGCGUUACAUGCUGGCUCUCCUUCAUAGAACUCAAAAUCCAGUUUCAACCUUGGAUGAAUGUGGCACUGUCAUUCUAGGCUUGGACGAUGCAGUUCGUGCAAGCUAUGGAGGUAACAUCAAAUAUGAAGCUCAUGAGCUAGCCAAAAUAAUGUUACUUGAUGGCUCCUUCUUGCUAGAACUUCUUCUUAGAUGCGCACCACCAAACAUGGUUCCUCAAAUUCCAAAAGAAGAUAACCAUAAUAAUGGUUCUUCUUCAGAUCCAAUACUAGGACACAAAGAGGUGUUUUUAUCUAUUCUCACCGAUUUCACUCUACUAGAGAACCAAAUGCCCUUUUUUGUUCUCAAGACAUUGGCUAGGAUGCUUUUUCCCAAUGUCUUCACAAGUGAAGCUGAUCACCUUGUUGCUGAUCUCACACUGUCUCUCUUCAGCUACCCUUUGAUCCGGUGUCCUAGCGUGGCGCAUUUUCUUCACCUCAUGCACUUGUCCUCCAUUGUUGAUGAGGGACAAAAGGUGAAACAAGCUCAGCAAGAGCUUAAGCGUUGCGCGACAAGGCUUAGAGCUGCUGGUGUAACAAUUAGGAAAGUUGAGAGACACAGCAAGUUGGUUAACUGGUUUGGCUUUGACAUAAGAUUUUCCAAAGGGGUGCUUGAAAUUCCACCACUUCAUGUAGUUGACACAACUGAGGUCUAUUUGAGGAACUUCAUUGCAUGGGAGCAAAGUAGAAUUGGCAUCAACAGGCAAUUCACUUCUUAUGCUUUGUUUCUUAGAGGCUUGAUGUGUUCUGUGCAAGAUAUUGAGCUGCUUGUGGAAAAUGGUGUUUUGGUGAAAGGUACUAAGAUCAGCAACAGAGAUUUGCUCACUUUGUUUGGCACAAUCACAAAGGGAGUGGACCAAAUGGACAAUAGUUACAGCAAACUUUGUGAGGACUUGAAUGCUUACUCAGCAGUGAACCCCUUGAGGAAGUUCCCUAUACUGAUGUUGCAUUGUUGCAACCUUUGUGUAGAAUGCAUCAGAUACUCUUGCAAACACAGCUAUAAAAUCUUGAUUAGAGAUCAUAUCCCAAAUGUGUGGAAAUUGAUAGGGAUUGUGGUAGCUGCUGCUCUGCUUGCUCUUACCAUUAUGCAAACCUACUAUUCAGCCCGUGGCUAA